UGGCCUGGGAUGAAGGCUUGCCCAUUGCCGUGCGGCCACUUGGGGUGCAAAACUGGGGUUUGAGAGGGGCUGUUGCCCCCCGGUGUCUUGCUCUGCCUGGAGAUGUCUCUGCAGAGGUCCCUGGACAGGACGCCUCUUCCUCAGUCAGCGCUGGCAAAAGCCAUCUGGGGACACGCUCCGUCCUCUGGAACUCUUCCUUGUGUGACUCGCAGCUCACGUGUGACAGCGCUGCUCCAAACUUGGCCAUCUCCAAGGACCGGCUUUCUUUGGGAUGUGGGGUUCACUCUCAGAGGAAUCAUGGCAGCCCUGCUUUCUGUGUUGGGGUCUCCCUUUCAGCUAUGGAGCAGCUUCAGUUCGCAGUGCAAAAGGAUCUUGCAAUGGCUGUGUAGCUAGCAGCAGCGUUUCUGAAGCAUCAGAGGAGAUGUCAGAGCCAUGAGGCUGAGGGACGGGACUCUCAGCACAAGAUGGCCCGUGUUUCAAAAGGGAGGCAGCCGUGCCAGCUGGAGAACCUCUCUCACAGCUCCAUCCCCAGCAAAGAGCUGUCUCUAGAGCAGUUUGUGCUGCUUACAGGCAAGAUCAGCCUUUGCAUUUGAACCACCUUCUUGCAGAGGUGACAGGAAACAUCCUCUGGUUUAUGUCGUUCUAGCUGCAAAGGCCAGGGCAGUGUUCAUGAGGGAGCAAGCGAUGAGCACAUUUCCUGGUCAGCAGCCGCUGGCUCGUGCCAACGGUCAAGAGAGGCAGAAGAAAUCCCUUCAGAACAGCUCCCUCUCAAAAGACACCCUUCUGCUUGAUGAACCGCAGGGAAAGGCAUCCUAAACCAGGCACUUUGACCUUGUUUUCAGCCCAGGUUCCCAGUGCUGGUGCACUCGUGAGCCAGUCGCUGCACAUCUGCCACCAAGGGGAAUCGCCUCCGAGGCCAACUGUGCCAUGGGGAAAGGAAAGGGUGAGACGUCGGGAGAGUUUGAUUUAGUGCACAACACGGAUAAAGCCAUUCUUUCUGCAAUUAAAACUGAGGGUAUUUAAUUGAGUGAAAUGAGAUUUCAUUCCCCAUGACCUGUCUGAUUGUACUUUGAAUCUGGGCACGGGCUGCAGUGACCUGCCACAGCAUUUGAGGUGUCACCAGCUGCAUUGUGGGUGGUAAAGCGGGAAAGGCAGGAGGGAGCCUCAGCAUCUCCCAUCCCGUGGGUGACUUCAUCACAAAGGACCAGGGCGGCGCCCGCUGGCUCCUGGGGCGGCUGUUGCCAGGCAACAGAGACACUAUAUUGUCCCCUGUCACCUGUGCCCCUCGCCCAUUUGGUCACUGGCCGUGGUGGGAUCACUUGCCGUGGUGGGAUCACUGUGGUGGUGGACUCAUUUUGGCAGUUGGAUCGCUUUCGUGGUGGGAUCGCUAUUGGUGGUUGCAUCACUUUUGGUGGUAGGAUCGCUACUGGUGGUUGAACCACUUCUGGUGGUUGAACUGCUGUUGGUGGUUUUAUCACUUUCGGAACUUGGAUCUGUUUGGCGACUGGAUCAGUUUCAUCACUCGGAUUGCUUUUGGCACUUGGAUCUGUUUGGUGACUGGAUCACUUUCUGUGGCAAGAAGGAGGAGGAGAAAGGCUGCUGGCUGCCCAUCCCUAAAACAUCAUCUCCGGACAGAAGAGCUCCCGUCUUCCCACAUCCAGUUCAGUGUUUUCGGGCAGAGCAGCAGCGAUGGCCACACGCGGACUGCUGGAGAUGCUGAACGCCGCCAUGGGGACACCCCAUUUGGGGGUUGUCGACUUGGUGGCACUGCACAAAUUGCUUGAGGCCAUCAUCGGGCAGCUGGGCCAGCAGGAGCUGUCUGUCCUGGAGCCAGGGCAGAGCCUGACCCCCGGCCUGGCAAAGGACCAGGACAGCAAGGCCCAGCCUGGCCAGGAGAAGGAGGAGGACGGAGCCCUGGGCACAGGGCAGCACCUCUGGAAACCAAAGCAGCAGCUGGCUGAGAAGGACACGCUGGAGGGGACCGGGAGCAACUCCAAGGUCUCCUCCGUGGCCAAGGAGGCCAUGCCAAAAACAACGAAAGAGGAGGAGAGAGACGUCCCCAAGAAAAGGGCUUCGCUCCAGGACCUGUGGGAGGAGAUCAGCAAGUUUAAGGAGGCGCAGUCCAGCCUGGAACAGGACGUGCGGGAGAUGAAGGAGGCCAUGCGGGAGGCGCAUUCUGGCCUGGAACAGGACAUCCAGGAGAUGAAGGAGGCGCAUGUCGGCCUGGCAGAGGACAUGCAUGCCCUGCAGGAGGCGCAUUCCGGCCUGGCGGAGGACAUCCAGGAGAUCCAGGAGACGCUUGGCCUGGAGGGUGGUGGGGGCCAGUCUGCCCCUGCUGAGCCCACCCAGGUGGCCAUGGACAGCCAGGCCAGGAGGAGCUCAGCACUGGAGCCAAAGGGACGUGGGACACAGCCUGGGAUGGAGACCAGCAAGGGGACUGCAGGGUCUGGCUCCCCGGGGAUGCAAGCAGGGACACAGGGGCAACCAGCGACCCCUGUGAAGUUGUCAGGCGCUCCCUCCAUUCACAAGAGGUCUAUUGGUGCCGGCGCCACCACCCCAGGGAUGCAGCCAGGAUCCCCGGGCACCCAGGCCAGCACCUCCCUGGGGACACAACCAGGGGCCCCUGAUGCCCAGGCCAGCACCGCGGGGAUGCAGGCAGGAUCCCCUGGGACCCACACCACCACCCCUGGGGUGCAGCCUGGGUCCUCCAGCUCCAAAGCCACCAUCCCAGGGGAUGCCCAAGAGCCGGCCAAGCCCUGGGGCUCCACCAGCACCUCAAGCUACGAGUCGGAGAUGCGGGAGGUACUGUCACAGGUUGGGCAGCUCGGCCAGCUCUGCGCUGGUCUGAAGGAACAGGUGGAGCAGCUUAAAUCUACAAAAGCAGAAAGCGCAGAUCUUGAGGACGUGCGCCGGCUCUUCCCAAAGGGAGGCCGGCAGAGCAUCACCAGCAUCCUGGCCGACCUCAGGUGCCAGAUGUCCUUGCUGCAGGACAUGGCCAGGGCCCUCCACGGGGAGAAGGAGAAGAUCAGCAAGGUGGAGGAUGCUCCCAGAAAGACGAGGGGGUCUGGAGCCGGUAGGAAAGCAGACGGCGGUGGCCAGAUGACCCAACAGCCGCGGCCCAAGGGACAGAAGGUCAAGGCAGAGCGCAAGGAGCUGGGGAAGAAGCAGGAGCCGACCCAGGCCGAGCUGGAGCAGUUUGCGGCCAAAUACGUGAAUAAGUUGGUGAUGGAGGCAGCGCAGCAGCUGCAGGCAGAGCAGGUGGACGAGCCGAGGACGACGGAGCAGAGUGGGGGACACGAGCACGCAGGGUGCCACGUCUGCAGCCCGGACACCAGGGUGCUGCUGGGGAAGCUCCUCCAGCGCUGCGAGAAGCUCGAGGAGCAGGUGGAGUCCCUGGUCCAGAAGGCGGGCGGCAAGGUGGAGAGUCAUCCGAAGUGGAGGAGACAGUCCCUGCAGCACGACGAGCAGCUCAAGUGCCUCCAGGCCAGCAUCAUGCAGCUACAAAAGGACUAUGAGAAGUUGAGCUCGGCCCUUGCAAACCUCCAGCAGGAUCGCCAGCAGAAGCAGAAUGACAUCAAGGCUCUGUCCCAGGCCCUGGGGAGGCUGGAGAAGAAACAAGCAGACAAGGAGGAGAUGCUGGUGCUGGGAAUCGAUGAGAAAGCAGACAAAGCUGCCCUGGCUGACAAAGUCAGUCGCAGCCAGCUUGAGGCGUGUGAGGAGCGGCUGACCAAGAUGAUGGAGGAGGUGACGAGCCAGGUGACGGGCCAGGAGAAGGGCUGGCUCCAGUUCCAGCGAGAGCUGCAGAGACAGAUGGACUGCAAGCUGGACCGCCGGGAGCUGGGGGCGUUCCGGCAGCAGCAGGAGGAACGGUGGAAGAGCCUCAGCGGGCAGCUCCAGGAGAAGGCGCUGCAGGCAGAGCGUGACGAUGCCGCUGGGAUUAGGAAGCAGCUGCUGCCCGGUUUCCAUUGCCUGUCCUGCGACCGGCCCCUCAACAUGCUGGCACCUGGACCGGAGCGGACGGGCGAGUGUAGAUACCCCACUGUUCCGCGGAGCUGCGGGGGCCAACACACCGUCACGCCCCCGCGCUUCCAGCCCCAACCGCCCAGCACCCCACGGCCAUCCAAACCCAGUGCCCGCAGCCCCAACAAGAAGGACGCGAUGCAGCUGUCGGGCCAGGACGGCACUGGUGGGAACCGGCAGGACGAGCAGCUCUCGGUGAUGGGGGGCUCUGAGCUGCCCACAACGCCAAGGGCCACCCCAGACACCCCGACCUCCAGGAACCGGCCAAACACCCGCUCCUCGCUGAGAUCAGCCGUGCUGCAGCACCUACCAGUCUCGUCUCCCAGACGCUUCACCCUGGCACCGCAGCUGCUGCCGCCCAUCCCGCCCCCCCGCCGUGAACCAACCCCCUGACAGCCGGGCAGGACGGGGUCCCGGCCCCGGUCCCACCGCCCCGGGCACUGAGCAGGCAGCGGCUGCAAUAAAUGGCGAUGGGAAACCGAGCACCGGUGUGGUCUGAGUGGGGGUCCCUGGGGCAGGAUGGCAGAAAGCCCCGCUGUGUUUGCUUUUUCAGGAGAAAAAUAAGUGCUAAAAAGGCGCUUUGGGGGUGCCCAGGUGGAUCCAGUUGGUAUCCAGGCCCCCCCAGAAGGAGCACGGGGAGCAAACCAGUGGGCACCAGGGCAGAGCCAGCAGAGGCCCAUCCUGCCCCCGGGUGGGGCUGAGGUGUCCAUGGGCUUCAGAAACACCCCUGGGACUAACUGGGGGGACGGGGUGAGGGGGGAACCAGGGGGCUGUGCAAGAAGCCGGGCUGGCUGUCGGCAGCCGGAGGAGGGGAGCGCUUUGCGCUUUGCUCUGGGUCAGGGGAUCCAGAACUGGGGGGACGCAGCAGCUUCGUGCCCCGCCCCGGGGUGCCCACGGCCGCCAUGUCGCAGUGCUUUGCAGUCGCAGGAAAGCACCGGGCAGCUCUAGUUGAUGGACGCUCUGGUCAUGCCCACACCCCCCGGCUGACAGACGGGGCCCUCGUUUAAUGAAACGCCUCGGACCAGAGAAGCUUCUAGAGCACUGACCAUAUACGGGCCCAGCUCGGAUUCCCUUGGGCUUUAAAAGGAGCCUAUGGGAGCUUCUGGCAGUUUGUGUGCGGGGCUGUGGGGCAGAGGUUGAUCCCUUCCAUUAAUUUUAGAUCCAAAUCAAUGUGUCUGCAGAACAACACUAACUGCAACACAGCUAACCCAGAAUUUCACAUUCAAAUCUCUUCCCCCACUAAUUUACUCGCAUGUGCACAGAUGCAUCUGAAGGGGGAGCAAGGUGGUACUUUAGUAAUGGAACCAGUUCUCAUUUUGUAAUUACCUCCCCAAACAAAUUCUUUUGAUACCAAAUAUAAAUAUGCAAACUAAAAUACUGAGCUCAGACACACAAACCAAAUACCAAGUUCAAAUAUGUGAACAGAUCCGUUACACUAACUCAAGACGAUAUCUCGAUGUUUGCGUCGCACCUUUGAACCGCUCUCUGUUCAGCAGGUGGAGGCACCGCUCGGUCUCUGACAAAACAGGUCAGUUUGAGGACAUCCAGGACGUCAUUUCCCGCUACAAGCUGCUGGUGAGGACGCGCAAGGACC